AUGAAGCCACAAACGUUCUUGUUCAACGUCCUCCUCAUAUCUCCCUUCUCCUAUGCAAAACAAAAGAUCAGCCUCCAAUGGGCAAUCUGCGACUUAAGUCCGCAAGACACGCUUGCAAAAUUGGGACACAAUGCAUUACCCUCAUACAAAGAGAAUCCAAUCACCUACUACGAUGAAUAUCCUCCUAUCCAUAUCAACUCCGGUUUGAUGUUCCGCACCAAAACAAACAAAGGCCAGCCACUUUCCACGGUCAAAGUACGCUUCCCUGGGGCAGUUACUGAUCUUCCGGACUUUGUCGACUGUUCCUGGAACCAAUAUGGCAACAACUCACCAUCAUUUACCUGCGAAAAACGCUGUGCAUUGGACAGUACAAUUUGGCAGGAGGAACAGGUCCGAUUCGCCGAACGAUAUGAGACUAUUGACUGGGAUGCGCUGCAUGCGUACGGGCCUUAUCCGAAUGCGAAGUGGAAGGUGCGAAUUAAGGGAUAUAAGACCAAAUUUGAUGAUGUAGUUGUUGGGGAUCUGCAUCUUAUGGAGAUAGAGGUGAAGGUGCUCAGAGAAGAGGCCCAUGGUGCGCUUCAAACGAUUACGAAACAUCUAAAGAAGAGGAACGUUGUUCUUUGUGAGCCGCAGCAAGGGAAGACCAUGCGGCUCUUUCGUGCCAUGGGGUACUUGGAUUAUAAGAAUGAGGAACUGUGA